UUUUUUUUACUUUCUUAAAACAAAAUUUAAUCUGAUCAGGUCACCCGCUUUCCGCGGGGCACGGUGUUUUCGGCCAGUCUGAGCACGUAUCUAUUAUUUAUUGUUCUGUUGUGCCGUUCCGAUCUUUGUUUUCCCUUCCCUGUGGUGUUAUUGCUGAACUCGACUCCGCUGUGUGGCAAGAUGUUGGAUUUUUUCACCAUCUUCAGCAAAGGAGGCAUCGUGCUGUGGUGCUUCCAGGGGGCCGGCGCCAGCGGGUCCUUCACGGGGCCUGUCAAUGCGCUCAUCCGCUCCGUCAUUCUGCAGGAGCGCAGUGGGAACAAUUCCUUCACCUACGAUUCCUUAAGCCUCAAGUACAAACUGGACAAUGAGUUUGAGCUGGUGUUCGUUGUUGGGUUCCAGAAGAUCCUGACGCUGACGUAUGUGGACAAGCUCAUAGACGACGUGCAGCUGCUGUUCCGGGACCGCUACAAGAACGAGCUGGAGCACAGAGGAGCCCUAAUGCUGCUCAGCUACACUUUUGAGUUCGGGAGUGACUUCCUGCAGCUUCUUCGGCAGGCGGAGGACAGCAGCAAGGCCCGCGCCCCUGUCGCCAUGAAGACCUUCCAGGAGUCCCAGAAAUCCCAGAAGACGGUGAAGUCCAUGAUCGAGACAAAGGGAGGGGACAAAGGAAAGGAGAGCAGCAAGAAGAACAAAACGGCCAAAAAGGAAGCUCCUGCUCCCGCGGCGGAGACGGCGGGCGACUCGCCCAGGGGGGGGGCCCCCAAGAGUGCCCCCAAGAGCUCCCUCAAGGUCGCGGAGAACGGGAGCCAGGGCCUGAGCUCGGAGGAGAUCAUCCAGAGGAACCGCGAGGAGUUCUUCCGCAAGCGUGGAAAGGCCACGGCCCCCGACAAGCAGAGCAGCAGCAAGUCCCCCCGGCCGCCGAAACCGCGUGGCAAGGAAAACCGCGUGUGGGACAACGGGGGCAGCAGCAGCAGAGACCUGGACUAC